AGUAAAAAUGCACCCAGAUUCAAUAGAAUGGACAGCCUUCACUAGCCCAGAAGGACAUUUUGAAUGGUUAGUUAUGCCAUUUGGAUUAAAAAAUGCCCCUAGUAUUUUUCAAAGAAAAAUGGAUAGUAUUUUUAGUAAACAUAAUAAAUUUAUUAUAAUUUAUAUAGAUGAUAUUUUAGUAUUUAGUAAAAAUAGGCGAGAACAUAGAGGUCAUUUACAAAUUCUUUUUUCAGAAUUUAUUAGACAUGGUUUAAUUAUAAAUAAAAAGAAAAUAUUUUUAUUUAAAGAAUAUAUAGAAUUUUUAGGAGUAAAUAUAGGAAAAGGAAAAAUAGAAUUACAACUUCAUAUAGCUCAAAAAGCUUUAGAUUUUUCAGAUAAACUUGAAGAUCUUAAACAGUUACAAAAUUUUUUAGGAUUAGUUAAUUAUGCUAGACGCUUUAUUAAAGAUUUGGGAAAAAUUGCAGGACCUUUAUAUGGAAAAACUUCACGAAAAGGUCAAAGAUAUUUUAAUAUAGAAGAUAUUAAAUUAGUCCAAAAAAUAAAAGAGAAAUUAAAAGAUUUAUCUAAAUUAUCUAUGCCAUUAGAAACAGAUUAUUUAAUUAUAGAAACAGAUGGAAGUAUAACAGGAUGUGGAGCAAUUUUAAUUGCAAAACCCAAUAAAUAUGCAGAUAAAGAUACUGAAAAAAUUGUAAGAUAUAAUAGUGGAAAUUAUAAUGAAAAAGGUAAUAUAAGUAGCAUAGACUUAGAAUUACUUGCAGUUAAUUAUGCAUUAGAUUCUUUUGAAUUGUUUAUUAUUUCUAAAAAGGAAAUUACUUUAAGAACAGAUUGUAAAGCAAUAAUGCAAAGACCAAGAGGCCCCGGGCCAGGAUUGCCAACAAUUGGCAAUUCAAGUUCAUCAUUUCCUCAGACUAAUUUAGCACAGACUCAUGACAAGUUAAGAUUUGGUAACACACAAGCAGGUACUAUAGAGCCCAAGAAUUCUAUAGCUAGUCCAGCUCAAACGGAAGCUGGUAAAGACUUAUCAAAUCCGUUUAUGGUUCUGGGCUUACCAAAAGCUCAACAGACUCAGGGGACUGUUGAUUCUCCUACUUUUCAAUUUAAUCAGACUCAACAGGCUGAAAAUCCUGUUACAGAAAAUAAAAAUAUUUCUGAAGACCAGACACAGCAGACUGGAUAUUCUGCUACUAGACUUAUUAGUCCAAUGGAUCUUAAACAGAAAAGAAUUAAAAUUUCUAGAACAUCCGAUGGUUUCAUACUGUCUCAAUCACACUACAUUGAGAAGAUUCUUGAUAAAUUCAAGAAAUACGAUAUUAUCCCUAUGAAAACACAUAUGGAUGUUAGUAUGCAUCUUGUUUCCAAUACUGAUAAUAGGGUACCAAUAGUCUUUGGAAGGGAAGAGACCUACGUCCUAUCGGAUUCGAUCAUAGACCCACACGCGCGCGCCGCCGCCAACCGACUCAACACGGCACGAGCACGAGCACGAGCACGUGUCCGAGUUCAAGUCCGGUUCAUGUUCAGGUGCGGGUGGGUCCUUGUAAUUUUUCUUGGUUUGGAUGGUUUGUUAAAUAGUCGUCUGUUAACCGACCAAACAGUUGACUGUUAA